AUGAAGCAUCUUCCUGCUUUCAGUCUUCUCGCUCUGGCCUUGCGCUCAGUCUCGGCAGGGACAUGUGACAGCGUGCGAGCGCUGGGCGGUGUUGAGGUCAGUCGCCGGGCAUCCUUGACGUACUUCAAAGAACAGCAGGAGUACUGGUCGACGUCCUCGGGGGACUUGAAGCCCAGUUGUAUUCUCUUCCCCGAAUCGACGCAAGAGCUUGCCGACAUUGUCGCCAUUAUCCGGGACAAUAAUGAGACCUUUGCUGUCAAGUCUGGUGGCCACAGCCCCAACGACCACUUUGCCAGUAUCGACGGCGGUCCUCUCAUCUCCACAGCCAGACUCAAUCAAGUCACUCUGAACGCAGCUGAGGGGAAGGUUCGUGUUGGUCCGGGAAACAGGUGGGAAAAUGUUGCAGAUGCUCUCGAUGGCACCGGAUGGAACGCUGUUGGUGGCCGCAUAGGAAACGUCGGAGUCGGUGGUCUUCUGCUCGGAGGCGGAUUGAGCUUCCUCUCUACCCAACGGGGUUGGGCAGCCAACUCUGUCCUAGAGUAUGAGCUCGUGUUGCCGAACGCUACUGUUGUCAACGUUACCCAGAACAACCACCCCGAUCUCUUCCUGGCACUGAGAGGAGGCAGUAACAACUUCGGUGUCGUCGCUUCGUUUCUUCUGCAGGCCUAUCCUCAAGGGGAAAUCUGGGGCGGUAGCAUGUUCUUCCCCUCAACCCCCAAGACGGAUACGGUCAUUCUCAACGCCAUCCGCGACUUUACCGAACACUACCCUGACGAGAAGGCGGCCAUCAUCCCCACAGCCGUCCUGACGGGCGCCGGGCUCGUCAACAUGUGGACCAUCUUCAUGUUCUACAACGGUCCCCAGCCACCGGCCGGCACCUUCGCCAACUUUACCGCAGCCAAACCUUUCUUGAACACGUGCAGAACGCGCAGCUUCCGAGACUUUGUCCGGGCCAACAACUACGGCGUUAUCAAGGGAAGCGUGUAUCACAUUGGCACCGAGACGAUGCCCCUGCCCUCAGCCGCCAACAUUGACGUCCUCGAGGACAUUCACGAGCACUGGCGCAACGUCCGUAACAGCGUCAAGUUGGUGCCGGGCAUGACGUCCAACAUCGGCUACCAGCCGCUGCCCAAGGGCAUGGCCCGCAUCGCGAAGGAGCGUGGCGGCGACCUGCUCGACAUGAGCGACGACGUCGACCGCAUCGUUCUCCAGAUUACGCUGAGCCACCUCUCAUCCAUCAACACGCCGGAGAUUGAAGCCGCCAUGAGGACUGCCUACACCGGCUUCAAGGACCGCGUGGACAACUACACUGCGCAGGGCGUAUUGCCUGAGACGCAUCUCCCUCUUUUCAUGAACGAUGCCUUUUACGAUCAGGACUACUUUGGAAGGUUGCGACCGGAGCAUCAGCAACUGGUGGCUCGGGUCCAGCAGGAAGUGGACCCUGACGGCAUGUUCAGAGAUCGCACUGGGGGUUUCAAGAUUUGA